AUGCGAUCAGUGAAAGGAAUCUUCCGCCUGUUGCUGCUCGUUCCCAUUCUGGAGUGGCUGUUGUGGAAUCCCCGCCGAGCUUGGGUGAAGGGGCCCUUUGCCACGCAGGUACGUGUCUCAGGCAGGCUUCCGUUGCAGGCGCAGAGAGUGUUCAACGAUGGCGAACUGUCAGCAUUCAAGCAGGAGCAACUUGUUCCUGUGGAAGCAGCGUGGCGAGAACUCCUGGAGUACAUCAUCAUGGAAAAUCAGCGCAUCGCAAUGAUACGUGCCCCGCCGAGGUCUGGAAAAAGCUUCCUUGGAAGCCUCGGUCGCCGAGGAGUUCCAGCGGGACCCUGGGGGGCGGUUGAAGUGCGAUACUGCGCCAACUUCGACCCUGGCGUGUUUGACCUUUUCAUUCGUGGCUUCAAGAGCGAGAGCGUGGCAGAGAUGGCAAAAGACUCUGCUGAAUCUGGCUUGGAUGGCGACAGAGCUACCGUAGUGUACUACUUUGAUGAGGCACAUGAGCUACCGGCGGAGAUCAUCAGCUCCUUCAUUAAAAAUGGUGAAGACAAUGGUUAUGCAAUCUUUGCAACGGCUGGCAGGGCCACGCCAGUGAGGAGCUUCAUUACGCCACCAGAGCUGGUAGCCAAGACAUUACUCUUUCGGUUCCCAGCACCGAAGGAAACCAUGAGGAAGUGGCUGGAGGACCGUCUGAAAAAGCUUGGGCUGGACAGUCACACAGCGACGGCCAGCGCAGACCUUCUUCUCAACAGCGCUGCAGGCAGCAUUGGUGUUGUUACGUUCUUUGCAGUGGAGAUAGAACAGGAGCUAAAAGGGAACAAAAGCCUUAGAUUUAUCCGUGAGAAACUGUGCAGUCUGAUCUCAAGCUUCAGUGGCUUGUACCUUCGGAUCUUCGGAACCGAGAAUGGCAAACCAGACGAGACUCAGGCGGAGCUACUCUCGGCGAUGCGAUGCACGGGAUUGUUGAUGAGAACCACUCCUGCGGGUGAGGCUCUUCCAUUGUGGGACCCCACCAUCCCCUCGCACAGACAGGGAUUGUCCAAUGCAUAUUACGCGGUUUGUCCACCUGACAACCAGGAUGAUUGUCUAAUGCGGACAUCUGCAGCGGAAAUCAUUUCUUUCGUGCACCCCCUUCAGCCAGAAAUUUAUGCAGACAAGUUCAGGUAUGCAUGGAGUGGUAUUUCACUUGAGGAGCGCUGGCUGACAAAUUUCAGCCGUGACCAUUCCGACCCAGCAAACACUCCCACAAACGUGGUUGACCUGGUGCUCUCGUGGCUCUCCCAUGUACCGACCAAGACCCUCUUGUCCAUUCAUGGCGGAAACAACGUAGAUGCUCGUGAAUCCACUCUGCAGCACACCCUCUACGAAUUCUGCAGAGACGCCCUCACUCUGGAGGAGGAUGUGCAGCUAGAGGCAUCAUCAUCGAGUGGAGGAAAGCUGGAUGUGUACAUUGAGGGCAGCAUGGGUGUUGAGCUGCUCAUCCGACCUGCCAACAGCAACAAGAUGACCACCCAGUCAGUUUUGGGCAACGCAGCAAUGAAAGAGUCCUUGCUUGAUCAUGCCCGUCGAGGCGAUAACAAGUACAAGGACUUGGCUACACAAUGCAAGCUCGGUUACAUCACCAUGCUGGUGACAACCUUGACUCAAAGCACCGCAGACGAAGAGUGGCAGCGCUUUCAAGCGCUCUCAUCCAAAGAUUUAGCAGGUCUUGGCUAUCCUGUAUUGGUUGCCGUUGCCAGCUUCGGAUGGGGCACGUGGGACGUGUUUCUGCAUCGCCCCCGCCACGACCCACUUCGGUUUUCCAUCCCUCGCCAGCGGCUCAUGCUUAAGCUCGUGGACGACAAGCCGGUCAGCGCCAGAAGCUACUACCGCAAGCCCCAAGAGGUCUGGGUGCAGGAGCUUCAGAUCCAGGGUGAUGUGCAUACUCUGGUCGGCAAGGUUUUCAAGAUCGACAGUGCCCCGAAUGACGCUGCUGACCUCGCCAGCCGGAUCAAAGCCGUGGAAGACCUUUCCUGCCGUCUGUCAAAGCUAGCGAUCUACCGCCUUGACUGGAAGGGCGAGUGGAAGGAGGAACGGGCAGGCCAGGUUCUGUUUGAGAACACAGAGGAAAGUCCGUACGGCUUCCGCCAGUUGCCAUAG